GCUGGCUCGUGGCUGGUGGUUCCCUGUACUUCUGAGCGGCUCGCGGCUAGGAGCGGACACACAGGAGAUGGUUGGGGUUUGGGAGGCGUUUCUUGUGCUGCUGGCGGCUACGAGUGCGGUGUUGGUUGGCACUCACCUGCUGGCCUGCUGCCGGCGGAGGUCGAGGUUUGCGCGAAUGGUGAACAAGCUACCAGGACCGCCCGCCUACCCCGUGGUCGGGAGCUGCCUCGACCUCAUGGGCGUGCCCAAGCACCGGUUCUUGGAGGCUCUCCUGGAGCGCAACCGGAAGUACGCGCCCAUCUUCCGCAGCUGGGUCGGCCCCAUGCCUGUAGUGCACAUCAGCGACCCGGAGUACCUCGAGGUGCUCCUGAGCAGUCCCAAGCACCUGGAGAAGGGAUACAUGUACCGGCUGCUGCAUCCCUGGCUAGGCACAGGUCUGCUCACCAGCACAGGAGAGAAGUGGCGCCGCCACAGGAAGCUCAUCACGCCGGCCUUCCACUUCUCCAUCCUGCACCACUUCGUGGUGGUGUUCGCCGAGAAGAGCGAGGUGCUGGUGCGCAGGCUGCAGAGACACGCCGACGGCACAGCCUUCGAUGUGUUCCCGCUGGUGGCCCGCUGCGCACUGGACAUCAUCUGUGGGUCGUGGAGGUGUUGGCCGAGAAGAGCGAGGUGCUGGUGCGCAGGCUGCAGAGACACGCCGACGGCACAGCCUUCGAUGUGUUCCCGCUGGUGGCCCGCUGCGCACUGGACAUCAUCUGUGUUCAGGGUCGUGGAGGUGUUCACCGAGAAGAGCGAGGUGCUGGUGCGCAGGCUGCAGAGACACGCAGACGGCACAGCCUUCGAUUUGUUCCCGCUGGUGGCCCGCUGCGCACUGGACAUCAUCUGUGCCUUCGAUGUGUUCCCGCUGGUGGCCCGCUGCGCACUGGACAUCAUCUGUGGCUGCGGAGACACGCCGACGGCACAGCCUUCCAUGUGUUCCCGCUGGUGGCCCGCUGCGCACUGGACAUCAUCUGUGAGCGAGGUGCUGGUGCGCAGGCUGCGGAGACACGCCGACGGCACAGCCUUCCAUGUGUUCCCGCUGGUGGCCCGCUGCGCACUGGACAUCAUCUGUGGUGAGGUCGUGGAGGUGUUGGCCGAGAAGAGCGAGGUGCUGGUGCGCAGGCUGCGGAGACACGCCGACGGCACAGCCUUCCAUGUGUUCCCGCUGGUGGCCCGCUGCGCACUGGACAUCAUCUGUGGCUGCAGAGACACGCCGACGGCACAGCCUUCGAUGUGUUCCCGCUGGUGGCCAGCUGCGCACAGGACAUCAUCUGUGUCCAGGGUCGUGGAGGUGUUGGCCGAGAACGAGGUGCUGGUGCGCAGGCUGCAGAGACACGCCGACGGCACAGCCUUCGAUGUGUUCCCGCUGGUGGCCCGCUGCGCACUGGACAUCAUCUGUGGCUGCGGAGACACGCCGACGGCACAGCCUUCCAUGUGUUCCCGCUGGUGGCCCGCUGCGCACUGGACAUCAUCUGUGUCCAGGGUCGUGGAGGUGUUGGCCGAGAAGAGCGAGGUGCUGGUGCGCAGGCUGCAGAGACACGCCGACGGCACAGCCUUCGAUGUGUUCCCGCUGGUGGCCCGCUGCGCACUGGACAUCAUCUGUGCCGUGAGCCAGUGUCCCAGGACCUACUAUUUACACCUACUCAGGGUCGUGGAGGUGUUGGCCGAGAAGAACGAGGUGCUGGUGCGCAGGCUGCAGAGACACGCCUACGGCACAGCCUUCGAUGUGUUCCCGCUGGUGGCCCGCUGCGCACUGGACAUCAUCUGUGGUGAGGUCGUGGAGGUGUUGGCCGAGAAGAGCGAGGUGCUGGUGCGCAGGCUGCAGAGACACGCCGACGGCACAGCCUUCGAUGUGUUCCCGCUGGUGGCCCGCUGCGCACUGGACAUCAUCUGUGGUGAGGUCGUGGAGGUGUUGGCCGAGAAGAGCGAGGUGCUGGUGCGCAGGCUGCAGAGACACACCGACGGAACAGCCAUCGAUGUGUUCCCGCUGGUGGCCCGUUGCGCACUGGACAUCAUCUGUGAGACAGCAAUGGGCACCAAGAUAAAUGCACAAGACGAAAAGGACUCAGAAUAUGUGACAGCUGUGCAUGGAGUCGGGGAGGAAGUCGCCUACCGCACCGUCCGUCCCUGGCUGCACCCGGACUGCGUCUACUUCCGCCUGCCGUGCGGCAGACGCAUGAAGAAGCACCUUGCAGUCAUCCACGGCUUCGCCUGGAAGAUUAUAGCUGAAAAAAAGAGCAAGCUGGCUGCUAAUGCAACUGCUGAGCAACUAGGACAAGAAACUGUCGAUGGCAAGAAGCGCGCAGCCUUCCUGGACCUCCUGCUGCAGACGUCCUCCAUGGAGGGGAUGACCGACGAGGAGAUCCGCGAGGAAGUGGACACCUUCAUGUUCGAGGGAUACGACACUACCACCGUCGCCAUCACCUGGAGUCUGUUCCUGCUGGGGCUGCACCCUGACGUGCAGGCGCGCGUAGCGGAGGAGCUGUGCGCGAUCUUCGCGGGCAGCGAGCGUACUGCGAGCAUGCAAGACUUGCAGGACAUGCAGUACCUGGGCCAGGUCAUCAAGGAGGCGCUGCGACUGUACCCCAGCGUCCACUCGGUCUCCCGCCGCGCGGCCUGUGACCUGCAGUUCGGGCAAUACACGGUGCCGGCUGGCUGCACUGUUAGCGCGCUGAUAUACAACACGCACCGCGACGAGCGCCACUUCCCAGAUCCUGACAAUUUCAACCCAGAAAACUUCACCGCGGAGCGAGUGCGCGCCAGACACCCCUACGCAUACGUGCCUUUCAGCGCGGGCCCCAGGAACUGCAUAGGCCAAAAGUUCGCGAUGCUGGAGGAGAAGAUGGUGUUGUCGGCGGUGCUGCGGCGCUACGAGCUGCGGUCCGUGGAGCCGGAGCAGGGGCACUUGGUGGCGGGCGAACUGAUCCUGCGGCCUGCUGCUGGCGUCCAGUUGGCGCUCGCUCCCCGAGUCUGUGUCCGUCCACUUCGCUAGCACACGUGGUUCCUUGGUCGGACCAGCUCGCUUCGCCGUAAAGCUUUGUCUUCCACGAGAUAUUCAGCGGUAUUUCCUCCAUGCGAUAGUGUUCUAUUUUAUGUCUACCUUAUCACUUAUGUAUUUGUUCGCACUUUCUCAAUUGUUGGUUAUAAUUUCUCAAUCAUUUGAAAUAAUAAUUUAAACUUUAGUUGGUAUAUAUGUUUUUUAACUAAUGUGUGUCGCUUUUGGGUAGUAUUUUUAUAUUUAUGGUUUUGGUACACGAUUUUCUUUGUAUAUAUAUGUAAGAUAUUGUAUAAAGAAUAUUGUUUGGUGUCCAUGGUAACAUGGUAAUUAAAUACAAUUAUUUUUUAAAAUGUUUAAUGAGAUUCAGAAGUAUUUUUGAAUUAAUCCGGCUUUAAAUAAAACAUUCCGAAUGUUUCUAAGUUAGAUACGAUUGUGUUUAGUUAAAAAUGUAUGUUAUAUUAUUAUACAUUUUUAAUGCAUUAAUUUUAUGUUUAUUAAGAAAAAAAAUCUAAUUUUUUAUAAGUGAAACUAGAAAAUAAGUUAACUAUAUAUAUAUUUUUUACUUGUUUAAUUUUAUACAUAAAUUCUUUUUUUUAUAAAACUUUAAUAAACUGUAAUUAUGUAAAACAUAUAUAUCACUGGUAUGUAUUUUAAUAACAAUUGAUGUCGAUAAAUAAUUGUACUUCUCUUCAAAUGAGUAUGAAAUAUAUUAUAUGGGAUUGUGACAAAUG